GCUGCGGCGCGGCACGGCACGGCACGGCACGGCACGGAGGGGCCCAUCUUUCGCUCGCCUGAGCUCUGGCUUUGGCCGGCCUGGAGGCUUCGUAGCUGGCCGCACCGGCCAUUUCUGUGUGGCGACUGGCCUUAUUACAAGGUUUUCGGUGGACGUCAGACGACCACGAAGGGCCCCUUUGAGGGACCGAGGUUUCUGCCCCCGUAGCACUGUCCUCACAUCCCAGACAUGUGGCAGGUCGGGGAAAGCCCCUCAGGGAGUCAGAAUCCCUUCUGAGGCACCGCAUCUAAGCCAAAAGCUCCUCCUCCUCUUUCUCGAACUUUAGGGCAGAAAUCAGAAACCCUGAAGAAAUGGACACAUCUCAGCCAGUGUUGCGGGGGGUGGAGGAAUUUAUUCACCCUCGUGGGUUUGGCGGAGAGGCUUGGCCUGUGUAAUCCAAAGCCCUGCGGAGACCGGGGAGGGAGGUGCCGCCUGGGGAGGCUCGGGAGGCUCGGAGGCAUCGCCGAGAGGGUGUGAGGGCCCGACCGGAACGGGUUAUCAGCAAGAGCAGAGUAACUUUUUUCCUACAGUUGCUGGACCGACUAGCGUGUGUCCUGCAAGGUGAACUUGAUUUUCACGGCAUUUCUCUUUCCUUAACUGCCUUUCCAGGACUCUGUCCCUCCUGAGAGGAGGAGAUGACCAGGUUCCAGGAGACUUGAAUGAAAAUUCUAUGGAGAAUCUUCAAGACAAAGGACUUAGGGAUCUAUUACCUAGGGGCUUUUCUGCCAGCUAAUUUUAGAAGAUAUGACCAGUACAAUAACAGAGUCGGAAUUAUAUUGUGAAUUCUUCCAGGAGAAGUGUAUAGGAAUCCUGAAUUAGAUUUUCCCCCUUAUCAGAAGCAGGGAGAAACAUCUUCUAUAUUUCCAGAAAUAAGAGCAGUGUGGUAACUCUUCAAAGUGAUGAUUACAAAAACAUGGCAAGUGAAGAAUAUUUGCCUUUGAAAGUCCCAAGCCAAAUGGCCACGCAGGCCUCCUCAGUGACAUUCUGUGAAAAUGAGUUUCAGGAUCCUCAGAAAAGCAAAAGUCUGUUUGUAACUGAAGAAAGCAUUGAGAAAAAAGUCUUGCGGGGAGAAAGUCCUUCCAUGGACCACUGCUCAGAGAACCUUCAAAUUAAACUUAUGUCUGACGUAAUAGACCUGGUCGCACCAUUGGUCAGUGGUGAGACAAAUUGCCAGAAUGGCCAAGUGAAAGACUCUUUGGAUCUCUUUGACUGUAACUACAAAGACAUUUGUGGUUGGAAAUCACAAGUGGUUGGACGUAGUCAUCGGGGAGCUCAUACAGAGAAAGCUUGUAACCAUUACAACCUUGGGAAGAGAAGUAACAACAGCUCAGAUGGCCAUCCGUGUGAGAAAAUCCACACUGCAGAGAAAUUACACAGAUGUAGUCAGUGUGGUAAGGACUUCAGUGAGCACUCAGAACUACUACUUCAUCAAAGACACCACACAGAAGAAAAGCCCUACAAAUGUGAGCAGUGUGGGAAGGGCUUUACAAGGAGCUCCAGUCUUCUGAUCCAUAGAGCAGCCCACACAGAUGAGAAACCCUAUAAGUGUGACAAGUGUGGGAAAGGCUUCACAAGGAGUUCAAGUCUGCUCAUUCAUCACGCAGUCCAUACAGGCGAGAAGCCUUAUAAAUGUGACAAGUGUGGAAAGGGCUUUAGUCAGAGCUCCAAACUGCAUAUCCACCAGCGAGUGCACACUGGUGAGAAGCCCUAUGAGUGUGGGGAGUGUGGUAUGAGUUUCAGUCAGCGCUCCAACCUGCACAUCCACCAGCGAGUUCACACUGGGGAGAGGCCCUACAAGUGUGGGGAAUGUGGGAAGGGCUUCAGUCAGAGUUCGAACCUUCACAUUCACCGCUGCAUUCACACAGGUGAAAAGCCUUUCCAGUGCUAUGAGUGUGGGAAGGGCUUCAGCCAGAGCUCUGAUCUCCGCAUCCAUCUCAGAGUCCACACUGGAGAGAAGCCCUAUCACUGUGGCAAGUGUGGAAAGGGAUUUAGCCAGAGCUCAAAACUCCUCAUCCACCAGAGAGUGCAUACUGGAGAGAAGCCUUAUGAAUGCAGCAAGUGUGGGAAGGGUUUCAGCCAGAGCUCCAACCUCCACAUCCACCAGCGGGUUCAUAGGAAAGAUCCCAUUAAAUAAGGUCUUCAGUCAUAUGCUUAUACAAUAAGGACUUAAAUAUUUUUUUGACUUAAAUAUUUUUAACAUUGUGCUUCCCUUUAUAUUCUCAGGAGAGAGAUAAUAAGAGUUACUCACUUAUGUUCCCUCACUGAAAAUCAUUCAUUCAUUUAAAGUAUUUAAGCUCUUUGUUAGACUAUACAACAAGUUGAUUGUUCUGGUUCCUCAUAUGGGUACAGUGAAAUGUCUGUACUUUGCAGUUCAACCAAUGUUACUAGAACUAGAUGCCCUACCCAGCCUUUUUAAGUACAAAAACUUUAUAUUUAUGUAAUUGGAACAUGUUUCCCUUUGUUCGUAUUCUCUGAGAAAUUGAAACUCUCUGGUUUCUCUUCAAAUUUUGUGCCUUGUCUUUUUCAUAUUUCCUUCCAGCCCUGAUUAGCCCUCUCUAGGUCAAGGGAGUGGUUAGAGAUAUUAUGGAUAUGAAAUCUGUUGUGUUUGCAAAAUAUACAACAGUGUGUGGCACACAAGAAGGUAAAGAGCUACCUAUGUGGUAAACCCCAUAUAUUAUAGGAUGUUGAACCCUCUCCCUCCCCAAGGCAGCUGUUCAGGAACAUCAGUAGUUCUUUUUUCCCUGGAUGUAGCUGGUCUAUUGGGAGUUCUUCCAGAUCUCACCACUUCAGAUGACCCCCUGCCAAACUAAAGCCAAAUAGGAUACAUACACCAUGUUGAAAUGUAGCAAAUGAAGUUAAAAUAUAUUUAAAUGUAUAUAAUUCCUCACUAUCUCAUUUCUUUAAUUUUCUUCAGCAUUCGUGUUCUGUAUGAUACAAAACGAAGUCAAGAGAGAAAGUUUCUAAUAUUUUUCUCUUUGGGCUUAUCUCUUGUUUUAAUAUUUGAGGUACCCCCAAAACCAUUUGUUUUCACAGCAUCCCUAGCCUCUAUAGGCUUCACUGUAGAUAUAGAAUUUAUUUAUAAAAUUAUUUUUAUACUUGGCUGAAUAUAAUUUACAUAAUAGCUAUAUAAAAACAUUUUAAACCAUAUUUGGAGAUCAUGUUUGGGAUGAUCAGGCUUAAAAUAUGAACUGUCACAUGCAAUUCACUUGGGAGUGUGACGCUUAGGACACUUCACCAAGUUAGACAUUCAUCCCCUAGAAGUUAAUACAAGAAGCUCAAGCAAGUAGAAAAGUGAUUGCAUAUGUAACUAAGUUGGAAUUUACAGUGAGGAGCUCCUGAUAGCAACCCUCAUUUUCUAACUAAUGGUUAGUGAUUCCUCAAGCAUUUCUUAGGAGACUACCUAGUGUUCAGUAUUCCAGUUUUUCACCAAUAACUAGUUUCUGUAUAUCAAAAGUGAUAGAGAAAAUAUGGAUGGCUUUAUUAGCUUGGGAUGUGGGGUGAUAACAUAUAUCCUGACCAAGGUAACCUGAAGCAGUUACCUGGACAUAGAUAACAGGGAAAGUAUACAUUAAUUUGAAACAGCUAAUCUCAAGGAAUGAAGGAGAGAGAUUAAGACAUUUGCCUUAGGCAAACAUUCUAUAUAUGGUUAGGGUGGUGAUUGAGCAUCUACCCUUUAGCAUUCCAUAAUAUCCUUCAGUUGUUUUGAUACCCUAAGGCAGCAUCACAAAUGUGAUUCUGUUUCACCAUUUCUAGAGUAAUGAACGCCUCUCAAUUCCUCCUGCCCUCAUGGAUCAUACCUGAGUAUAUAUUCUGGAUUCCACUUGUUUGGCACCUAUGUCUUCUAAUUGCCUGACGUAUAGAAUCUAACGGAUUUGGAGCCAAGAUCACAAGAACCCGCAUGUAAUGAGGCUGGGGGAAAGUCUGAAGUUCCGAUCUCAGAUGAUUUUAAAAUACCGUUUUUCCAAAUUUCCUUUUAUACAUAACUUACAGUAUCAAUUUUUUAAAAGAUUUUAUUUAUUAUGAGAGACACACAGAGGCAGAGACAUAGGCAGAGGGUAAAGCAGGCUCCCCACAGGGAGCCUCUUGUGAGACUCCAUCCCAGGACCCUGACAUACAACCUGAACCAAAGGCAGACACUCAACCACUGGGCCACACAGGUGCCCCUUAGUAUCUAUGUUUUUAACUAUGUUUAGCUUUUACUGUUUUCUUUUAAACAUCACCUUGCUUAAUACAAUUAAAAUAUGGUCAGAGUCCUUAGGACUAUUUCACUGAAAG